GGCGGGGCCUACCAGUACCCAAACUCCCGACAUCUUCACCCUUCCAGCCUCCCGCACCGCUCUCGCACUCACCCUCGCCAGGAGCUGCCUCGCACGAUGUCUCAGGGCAGUCAUCAGAUGAGCGAGGAGGAGCUCGCUCAAUUCCAAAAGGCGAGCAACGAGUAUGAGGCGCCGGUCACUGGGCCGCUUGUAGGCCAACGCCAACCGAGCACGGCCAUCACGACGGAGUACGCUUCGGCGGACCCCGUAUAUCAAGCUAAGACGCAGAGCCUGCCUCAGAAGUACUCGUACUACAGGACCGUCCGUGGCGAUGGCAAGUGUGGAUGGAGAGCUGUUGCUUUUGGCUACUUCGAAGCUCUCAUUCAUCAUGGCGACGGCAACAGAUUCGGCAUGGAGGAAGCACGACUGCGAUCACUAGGCAAUGUUGUGCUUCAAUCAGGCUACAGCCAGAUGGUCUAUGAAGACUUCGCAGACACGACCUAUGAACUGCUGCGAGAGCUAGCGAAUGCGGUCAACGAGAAUGUGGAUGCGGUUGCACUUCUAUUGGAGAGAUUCAACGAGGACAUAGUCCAGGACUACAUCAUCUCGCAUCUGAGAGCCCUCACUGCAGCAUGGAUGAUCACACGUGACGCCGACUAUGCUCCCUGGCUUCUUGGACAGACUGUCGAGCAAUACUGCAAGGACCAGAUUCUCCCAGUCGCGGCCGAGAUCGAGCAUGUCGGACUGAGUGCGCUCAAAGACGCCUUUCUCGCACCCGCUGCCAUCAGUCUCGAGGUGCUCUACCUGGACCGCAGCGAAGGCGAUCAGGUCACCAUGCACCGCUUCGAUCCUGUUACCAACGGAGGUUACACACUGGGCACCGUGAGACUGCUCUACAGACCUGGCCACUAUGACCUUCUUUACAAGCCAGAAGAUCUGCCAGCACCUCCUCCGCCGCCAGCUCCUGUGCCAACCUACUUGCAGUUCGGAACCCAGACGCACCAGGAACCGGCGUACGACCUGGGUGUCUCGGCCAUGCCGGACUUCCUCAUGACCAUCCCGGGCAUGUCUUACGCAAGUCAACCUCCGCAGGCGUGGGGAAUGCCAUCGAGCUACUCUACGGACUUCACUUUCUCUGCACCAGCUCCUGUGUCAGCGUGCACCCCGGCAGUACAGACGCCUUCCGCGCCGGCUCCUCAGCCGCAGUCUUUGCCAUCUCAGCCAGUCUACGUGUCUGGCAGCUCACCUACUCAGUUGGUACCACCGCCCACUCAGCUGACACAUGAGAUGGCAAUACGACCUGCUGCAAUGGCACAGGCCCAUCUCGGCCAUCAUGAUCUGCAAUCGCAGCUCGGUGGCGGUCCAUUCAGAAUGUCUGCAUACAACUACGAGGCCGACUUCAUGCAAGCUACUUCACAAAUGCCGUUCCAGACCUCGAUCUUCAGAAAUUCUCACUUCAAUCAAGCCCACUUCUUGAACCCUGAUUUCCAACCAGAACAAUGGGACCCUGAAGGCGAGUACACAACGGCAAGCAGCAGCAAGAGUUCGCGGCACAAGAAUUGCGGAUGACCCGCCCACCCGUGCGAUGCAACGGCACACAAAAAGACCCAAGUGACCUCUUCCACUCUUCAUGUUGUCUCCGCUCGUGGGUACACCCAGAUUCCGGGCAGCGUUCCACAAGCGGUACACAACAGGAACGGCCGUGUGCAUUAGCCCUCUCACCUCGCGACCAACCAACCAAGAUCCGACCUGCUCCGCUCCUUACCCUUACGACCCCUCUUCUGAGAGAGGGUGUCUUUUGACGACGGCUUACGAACUAAGACUUAUCACCUCAGGGUAACCUACAGCAGCAGAGUCAUCAUCCAAUAUACUUCCUUUCCGCAUCGGAUACUCUUGACCUAAUACUGCAGAUAGAGGCAGGAUCUACCAUUAGCAUUUUCAGGGUGUUGUUUUAGUAGCUGGCCUCGGCGCGCUUCCAUGAGAAGCUGUGUAAGCAUUUAGCGACGGCGAUCGGGGGAGAUCUUGGGGAGAUCUGUCAUAAGGCUAGGCAUAUGGAAAGGAAGCAGGUGGCGUCUGAGCCACAAGACCAAUUUUCGGCAGUCGUGUGUCCUGUGCCCAUUAUGAAUGCGGCGAAGAAAAGAAAUAUUUGAGAGUAUAACUAGACAGCAGCGAUCUAAUCACAACACACUCCUUUG